CGACCAACUCCGUCAUUGUGCAGCACGCUGUGCACACCCUGCAGCCAUGUCUCGUAACGGCAACAACUCAUUAGGCGACCUUGAAUCUGGUGAGGUGGAUCAUCUAUAUGAUGGGCCUUCCGUCCCAGCUGCACCCGCGGCUACACGGUCGAUAUACUCCAUGACUCGGGAGGAGAUCGCAAAGGGUCUCGCGAACAGAUUCGUGCACUCGAGGGCGUACAUCGUGCUGUACCUGGCGAUGGCCGCGUUGUCGGUUACGACUGUCGUGCUUAGCUUGAUUUAUGCAUGCCCGACGCUGGCGUUCUAUAUCCUGGAGUUGAUUAUCAAUGGUGCGAUGAUCAUUGAAGUCGCGAUACGUUUCGUUGCUUUUGGUAAUCAAUUCUGGACAUCUCCUUUCAAUGUGAUGGACCUUGUCAUUACAGCAUUCUGCGUGAUCACGCUCCUCGUCAUCUUCUUUGCCGGUUGCGAUCCUACCAGCCACAAUGAAGAGCUGCUGGAUACCCUUCUCCUUGUCGCCCGGAACACGCUUCAGUUCGGUAGACUCUUCAUGGUGAUGCGACAGUCUGGCCAAUCUAUAUUCUCUCGUCCAAAACCUAUUGACCUCUCCCGACGCGGUCACACAACCCUUGACAUUGACAUGGAAGACGAUGAGCCAGAGGAUGAGCUCGGGCAACCGUUAAUCCGAAACCCUGUAGUGUUCGACGCUGGAGAAGAGCGGAACCACAGCCGUCGCGCUAGUCCCUCGGACAUGCCUCGCGCAGCACAGGCUGCUCAAGAAAGAGAUACGGAAGACGUUUGGGCAGAGCUGGGUUGAUAUUGAGACUAGCUUUACGGAACUUUUCAUCUGGUAGAUUGUGCUAACAGUAGAUGUUUAAGUAAUGACUGGCUGUACCUGGACGAUAAUCACAAUUAUGUAGGAAUCUGAUGUCGUAUGAAUGCAGAAGAUCGUUUCCACUUCUUGGCCCUGACUUUGCUAUUGAGCUGUCCACCAUCUCGUUGAAGGCAGGCUUUCCAAUGUCCUUGUGCCGUCAUUGGCGUGUAGUUCUUGCGUUUCGCGCAAAUUUUAUCCGGACUCGCUUC